AUGAUCAAACGCUCUGGUAUAGUCUUUAGUGACUUGAGCAACACACUCAGCUGUAAACGUGUGAAGACGAAGUUAUUUGGAGAUCGGUGUAGUGGAAUUGAAAGCGGGGACCGUUAUCAAAACCCUGGUAAACUUAACGAGCGCUCUGAAAAUCGGGAUUGUCAGGACUAGCUGAAGAAACAACGGGAAGGAACAACUCGCCAAAGGACGCAAGUAUCGUAGCUUGAGAGACAGUUCACAACAAUAGUAUAGGAUUUACACUGUACAAAUUAUAGAAAAAUAUAUUUAAACUUUUUUUUGUAUAUGAAGUUAUAUUUGCCGACACCCACACAGGCGGAUUUAAAUUCGUCACAAUUGGUGGCAGCGGUGGGAUUAGUCGGUUAAUAGGAAGAAAUAGUAUUAAUAGUGAACAAUUAUCACGAAAGAACAAUUAAAUCGUAUAAUGAGCGAAUACGACGAUUGGGGAUUAGAAUCUUAAGAAAAGAAUGUGCUGGCCGUGAAAUUGUAAUUAAUACAAAAGAUGGCGUUAAAACACUUGCUGCAAGGUUAAGAGCAAGUGAUAAAGCUGUAGAAAAAGUACAAACAGAGGACGAGACUGUAGAAUUGGAAACUGACAGAGGGGUGUUUGAGCCUUCAAAAACACGAACAACAAAAACUGUAGAAGACCCGGGUAAUUUCAGUAGUGACCAUGACUAUGGCAAUAAGGGCAAAAUUCCCUCGGGUCCCACAAGUUAUGAACGUACUCGCGAGCCCCUGGGGUCCUUAAGUUUUGACGAACGAUGGCGUCUUUUGCAAUUUGAAAGAGAUAUGGCAUUAGAACGCGACGAACUUGAAAUGAGACGGGAAGAGCGUAAAAGGAGGGCUGAGAGGGAAGAUAAAGCGUGGGAAGUAGAAUUGGAACGAGAGAAAUAUCAGAUCUAUGUAGCUAAGCAGAGAGUACCAAAGCCUAUAAAGGUGCGAGAAAUGAGAGAAAAUGAGGAUAUAGAUGAUUAUUUUCGAAUUUUUGAGAUGACUGCUAAGGCCCAGUUAAUUUCGCAAGACGAGUGGCUAGGUAGUUUAAUCCCCCGUUUAAGUGAAAAAGCGAAGUCUAUAUAUUUAGAAAUUGUUGGUCCAGAUGCUCAGGAUUAUAAUAAAAGUAAGGCUAUUAUAUUAAGAGCAUAUCAGCUUAAUGUUGACCAUUAUAGAUAUCGAUUUCGCCAUUCAGAAAAAAAGGCUGGCGAAGAUUUUGGCCAGUGGGCUCACAGAACCCGUAGAUACUUGAACCGAUGGAUGACUGUGGCAGAGGCCAUAGACAACCGAGAAAAAAUAUUAGAACAAAUUGUUAUAGAACGAUUGUUAGAUGGGGUUGGCCCUGAGUUACAAGUAUGGUUGAAAGAGAGAAAGCCCAAUACCGCAGAGGAAUUGGCAAAUUUAGCGAAUGAUUAUGUACAAAGUAGAAAGGGACCCUUAAUUGAUGGUAAAUAUGUUAGUGCCAAAAGAAAUGAUAAUAAGCCUAGGAAUGAUGAUUUUUGCAAAAUGAGAGAUAAAGUUUACGAAAAUAAUAAGGGAAAUCCAGAUAAGCCAGACUUUGGGAAAUUUCGAGAUAAAUUGGACAAGUCAAAAGUUAAGUGCUUUAAUUGUCAAGAGAAAGGUCAUUAUGCGCAUGAGUGCCGAAAGAAAAACAAACAAAAUGCCGCAUUGUUAGGAAUGACUAAGGGAUAUAAUACCCUUGGAAGUUACAUAGUAGGGAAUUUAAACGGGAACAAAGUCCAAAUGAUAAUCGAUUCUGGUUGUUCAAGGACUUUGGUGCAUGAAAACCUUGUUAGUAAAAAUAGUUUACUGGUGAAAAUAUUACAGUUAUCACUGCAAAUGGUGAUAGAGUCGAAGUCCCUUUAGCAUGGGUAACCAUAAGUAGUGAACAAGGGAUACAUCGAGAAUUAGUGGGGGUUAUGAGAAAUCUCCCCGUAGAUUGUUUACUUGGGCGUUCGUCCUAUGGCAAGUCUUUAGCCAGAAAAAUUUGCUUGAUCAUUGCGAGCAAGCUGUCGACUUAAAUAUAGAACCGACAGUGGUGUAUAGUGACAAGAAUAAGUCCGCUUUAGUUGUUACUCGAAGACAAGCAGCGAUUGUGAAAGCUCAAACUAGAUUGGAUAAGUUGACAGAUAAACAAAAUGAAUUAGCUAUUAAGACUCUAAGCCCUAAGGAACCCGCAAAAGAUGAAUUAUUUGAGACUAUCGAAUUAAAUAAUUUAUUUGGUGAAGAUAAUAAUGUUAUAACGGAACCUGAUCCCGAGAAAGUAUGCGUAAAAGAAUCGGUUGCAAAUAUAGACUCCUCUGAAAAUGGCUGUCAAUUAGAAACAAAUAUUUUAGACCGUAGUCACUCACAAUUGAUUAAUGAUCAAAAGAAAGAUGUUACUUUACAUAAUUUAACUAUUUUAAAUGUACCACUGGAAGACACAGAUGGUUAUUUCUACGUAAAUGUAUUAUUAUGCAUAGAAAAUUUACAAAAUACCCGCAUGAUGGAUUGCCCUUUAUUGACAGGGUUGUGGCCCCAGAAGCAUAUAGGCCAGAAAUAUUGA